CGAAAUCAACGAAAAGUUUAAGAAUGUUUUGCUUCCUGUGAUUUAUCUAAAUUGAAAUUCAUACUUUUUAAUCGUUUGGUGAUGAUUUAUACGGAAACGGAUUUUACCCGUUCACCAUUAAAAGAAAUCUGUUUCGAACAUAUUUUCAUUCAUUUAACCAUCAAAGAUUUAUUUUGUUUACAAAAUGUUUGUCAACGAUUCGUACGAUUGAUUGGUGAAUAUUUCGAACGAAUGGAAUCGGUUGAUUUUUCUAUUUAUUCGAUAAAAAAUUCACAAAUAUCAUGGCAUUGUUUACAAUUGAUGCUCAAAGAUAAUCAAUCUAUUUGUGAUUUAAAUCUAUCUCAAUGUAAAUGGAUUGAUGAUUAUCGUUUUUUGAAUCUAAUUGAAGGUCAAAAUCGUCUCAAAUCAAUUAAUCUUUCAUCAACAUUUUAUAUCAGUAAUCGAUCAUUGAUGACAAUGACAUUAUAUUGUCCAUAUUUGGAAACAAUUAUAUUGGAAAAUUGUGGUUGGCUUCAACCAGAAACCCUAUAUUGCAUUGCUGAAAAUUGUCAUCACCUUGCCACAUUAAAUCUAGCCAGUUGUUGGAAUUUAAAUGAUAAUUGUAUUCGAAUUUUAUUGGAAAAAUGUGGCCAUUCAUUACAAAAUCUAAUCAUUGCUCGAAUUUAUUCAUUAACAAAUGAAUCAAUGCUGGCAGUUCGAACGUACGGUUCAAAUAUUCGAUUUUUGGACAUAUCAUUUUGUUGGAAAAUCAAUGAUUCCGGUUUGAAAUAUUUAAUCGAAUGUAAAAAUCUGAAACAAAUCGUAACACGAAAAUGUUCAAACAUUACCUGUUUGGGUCGUCAAUAUAUUUGUGAAUAUUCAAACAUUAUCCAGAUUGAAUGAAUUCUUUUU